ACAGCUGAUCAUUGAAACAUCGCUUCUAAAUCUUCCACCUACAUUACUACACUUCCAGUCCAGCGUAUAAUUUAUUUGAGCCCCGAGCUGAAGGGGCCUCUGAUCUAAGUCACGCGACACGUUCAAAUAGAACCCGAAAAUGGACCCAGACGACACCGGCUCAGGCAAUAUAUUCGCAACGUACCCGUUCUCUUGGGUACUUGUUCCGAUCAUCAUAUUCGUCGGUGUUGGAACGCUCCUCAUGUGCUACCGUUAUCGCCGCCGAAGAAAGCUCCGCAUGUUAUACGGCACCAGCGCUUUAGAACGAGAUCUAGAAGCCAUGGGCAACCGUUCGAGAUCGAGAGCACCGACCGAGCGGCGGACGAGAGGAGGGAGACGUGGACUAGGAUCGGAGUUUGGUAGUAGAGAGGAAGGUCUAAAUGAGCUGGGUGAAGCGCCACCAGCCUACACCCCGGCACAAAAACGACCCGAUAACACAGACGACGUAGAAUUAAGUCCCUUGCAACCAUUGCCGGGUGCUAUAGCCACAGACAGGCCCGGUACCAGCAGACCACCAACAUACGACGAAUUACAACAAGGAGCGGAUCAAAAUCAAUCUACAACACCCGUUCCGACAUCCAACAUACCAGAACCGCCCCCGAGAGCGGUCUUACCUCUACAUUAACCCUAUGAUUGAAGAACGGAAGGCUUGGAAGGAUAUGUAGGGAAACGGAGUUUUGAGCGGCCUAUGGGCUAUCUAGGUUAUCUAACGAAGUUAUUGCGGUUAUUUAUUAAAUGAGAUAUAUUAGACGGCGACUCAUUACGUUGGUAUGUCGGGUUGUAUAGAAUAUUGGUGGCACGGGACAUCUGGGUGAUUCGUCCUCGUUGGGAAGGGUUGGAAUCUGAUUGAUGCCUGCUUGG